CGGUCACACACGCAGCAUGGGUUUUUCCUCCCCGCUGCCCUCUCUGCUCCGACUGUACGCAUUGCAUACCCCACCCGUUUGCAGCUUUUACACUCGAGUCUUACAACAGCAGACACUCCAUCAUCGCUAUUCGAGCGUCAGACUUUUUACAGCCAAGCCAUCCCCUCGUACAAAAAAAGAACGCGGACAGCGAGCCUACAGUGUCUUCUGCGGUGUGCUUGGUUAUGCUACGUUGACUGCUAACGCAAAAGUUCGUCAUAUUUUUUACUCUUGAUUGUGAUUCAAGUUGUUGAAUUAAAAGGUCAACAUGAAUACCUGCGGAUUCGUUACUUGUGGGCCCAACGAGGCACUUGUAGUGUCAGGAUGCUGUUAUGGAAAACCUUUAUUGGUUCCUGGAGGCAGAGUAUUUGUUUGGCCUAUUGUUCAACAAGUUCAAAAGAUAUCUCUGAACACCAUGACUCUGCAAGUUGAAAGUCCUACAGUUUAUACUUCUCAAGGUGUUCCUAUUUCUGUUACUGGCAUAGCUCAGGUGAAAAUACAGGGUCAAAAUGAGGAAAUGUUAUCAACCGCUUGUGAGCAAUUUCUAGGUAAAUCAGAAGAAGAGAUCCAUAAUAUUGCACUUGUUACUCUUGAAGGUCAUCAAAGAGCUAUUAUGGGAAGCAUGACUGUUGAAGAAAUCUAUAAAGACCGUAAAAAGUUCAGCAAGGAAGUUUUUGAAGUUGCAAGCAGUGAUCUUGUUAAUAUGGGAAUCACAGUUGUAUCAUAUACCCUUAAAGAUAUUAGAGAUGAAGAGGUGAGUGGAUAUCUGAAAGCACUCGGUAUGGCUCGUACGGCAGAGGUCAAACGUGAUGCGCGAAUCGGUGAAGCUGAAGCUCGUCGUGAUGCUCAAAUUCGAGAAGCUAUAGCUGAAGAGCAACGUAUGGCCGCCAGAUUCUUGAAUGAUACGGAAAUAGCAAAAGCCCAACGCGAUUUUGAAUUAAAGAAAGCUGCUUAUGAUGUUGAAGUUCAGACUAAGAAAGCUGAGGCUGAAAUGGCCUUUGAACUUCAAUCAGCUAAAACGAAGCAGCGAAUUAUGGAGGAACAAAUGCAAGUCAAAGUUGUAGAAAGAUGCCAAGAAAUUUCUGUUCAAGAGCAAGAAAAACUGCGUCGAGAAAAAGAACUAGAAGCUACUGUUCGCCAACCAGCUAAUGCUGAAAAAUACAGACUCGAAAAGAUGGCAGAAGCCAAUAAACUCAAAACUGUUAUGGAAGCUGAGGCUGAAGCUGAAGCAAUUAAAAUUAGAGGCGAUGCUGAAGCACUUGCCAUUGAAGCUAAAGCGAAAGCAGAAGCUGAACAAAUGGCGAAAAAAGCUGCUGCUUGGAAUGAAUAUAAGAGCGCAGCUAUGAUUGAUAUGAUGCUUGAAACUCUACCAAGGGUUGCUGCCGAAGUUGCUGCUCCUCUAUCCCAAGCCAAGAAAAUUACAAUGGUAUCUAGUGGCAAUGGAGCUAUCGGUGCAGAAAAGUUGACCGAGGAAGUGUUAAGCAUCGUGGCUCGCGUCCCAGAGCUUGUUAAGACUAUGACCGGUGUCGACGUCGCAAAAUCUGUUCACGCAGCGUAAAGCAGUAUUAAAAAAUCAAAGGAAUGAUGACAAUGCAUCGGGGGACUCCUUUACCCAAAAAUCGUCUAUGUACUCCUCAAAUUUUAUUUACAAUUUUAUAUACAAUAUUUAUUUGGAGAAAUA